AUGAAGAUCCUGUUCCUGGAGAUCUUGUACUGCUACCUGCCCACGAUCAUCAUCGUGCCUCCACUUGCAAUUCCUGCCAACGCUCUGGUCAUCAGCCUCCUGCUGUUCAAACCUGGCAUCUGCUGCACCUCCGAGAUCUUCACCCUCCAGCUGGCCAUAUUCGACUUGUUCUUCUGCUUUAUAAUCCUCUCUGAGUACAUCCGGUUCUUGUGGCUUCCAUCAGUGGAGUCGGCCAACUUCGUGGCUUGGAGUUUGAGUCAAGCCGGAGGGCCGCUCCUGCUCUGCCUCCUGAGUCUGGACAGCUACAUCGCGGUCUGCCACCCGCUGGUCUUCCUCCGGCUCAAGGUUCCCAGGCUGAGGCUGUCUAUGUGCUUCGUGGUGAACGUGGUCACAGCUCUCUCUUGCCUGCUGAUGAAAUACUCCAGACCCCUGCGGUGGAAGGUGAUCAUGGUGCUCCUGUGUUGUGUCAUCGCGAUCAUCUCCACCUGCAGCGUGCUGAUUCUCAGGUCCCUCCGCCAGACAGGGCCCGGCGGGAAGGAGCUCCACCCUAUGAAGAGACGCGCGUUCAAGAUAGUGCUCACCUCCUUUGUGCUGGUCAUCGUCCACUACUCCCCCUCGUUCUGUGAAUACCUGCUGAGGGCGUCACUUCCCAGUCUGCUGGGUCCCUACUCAGCCCUCACCAGUGUGACCUACACAGUUCUGUCUCUGAGCAGCGUGGCUCAGCCGCUGUAUUAUAUGAAGCGAACCAAGAAGCUGCCGUGUCGCCGCGGCUCUGCUGCCGAGACGAAGACUGUCACCACGGCUUAG